AUGAUCCCUCCAUCCACCGAGUGGUUUGGCAUAUGUAACCGACUAGCCGUAUCAUUCCCUCGGGGUGAUUUUCCAAACGGAGGCCCCCGGGCAGAUGACAGCAAUGACAGAGCGUGGCCCGGGUCUAGGGAGAGCAGAGCUGACAUCGCCGCAGCCGGAGUGGAGAUAAGGAGGCAGAUCAAAGCGAGCGUCCUCCCGGCGAGUGGUGUGUGCCUAACAGGGCGAUUAGGGGUGAGUCAGCACCAAGCAGGAAGUAUCAACCGCCACUCCAAGCACAACCCUCCGCCCUCCCCCUAUAGACCGGAACAUGCUACUUAG